CCGAAAGACUGUCUGCUGACUCUUGUUGUCUCGAGCGUCUGUUCCUAGCAGGCAGGUUGUCCUUCAGAGUCACGUGGUCCAGCCCAGCAGCAUCCUCCGUGUAGACCGAGUACAGCUCGGCUCCUGGCGUGUCUUCACUGGGAAAUAUGCACAUGGACGUACCGAGCCACUGCGUUAUUUAACCACACCAUUCCGAGUCGACUCGUUGUCGCUGAACUGCUCUUCCAAAUCGCAGGUGAUGCCACCCGAAAGGCUUCCUGGAUCUCCAGCCGUGAAAGAGAAGGGCUGAUCCCUGUCUCCCACCACUCCAACGUCCUACUGCACCCCCAUUGUCCUUCUCUUCCCCUACGCCAGCCUGGCUCCCCAUCUCCUGCCCAAUAUCUUCCCCCUCCCCCUGAUUCCUUCUCAACUCCCCACUCCCGAGCUGUGACCCCCUAUCCCUCCCUACGCCAUUCCAUCACAGCUCCAAGUCUGUGUCCUCUUCCCCACAGGUGUAGCCGUCCAUCUGAGCAUCCCAGAGGUGUGGGUAGCAGACACGCCCUUCUUAACAACCCCUCCCACCAAACGCUUCCUCAAAAAGUCCUGUUGCCCAAGUCUCUUACCCACCCACCCCAUUCCCUCAAAACUUGCUGUGACCUUCACCCUUACCCUAUUCCAAGUACCUCAAAAACGUCCAUCUGUCCACUAUCCCUCAUCCACCUCGGAAAUCUCCUGUUUUGAGAACAUUCCACCAACCAACCCCCUCUAAAACCCCUUUCCCAACCCUUGUUACCCCCUCCAAUCCAUCCAUCUACCCAUCCACCCACCACGCUUCAGCCAUCCACCCGGACCCCUCUCUCCCCCUCAGCCCUGCUCCCCUCUCCUGCUGGCUGGGCCUGAGGAUCCAUGGCUACAGGAGGCCAUGCACCUGAAAUAGAUGUUCUAGCCAACCUGCAGCCGGUGGAGGAAGAGGAGGAUGACGAUCCCUCAGCCGAUCGAGAGAAAGAGGGAGAGGAGGAGGAGGAGGAUGAGGAAGAGGAGAGGGAGGAGGACAGCUGGGAGAAGGUGCUCUCUGUUGAGCGCUUUGGUGACAUCAUCAGCAAUUCUGGGUCAUCCUACGGAGAGAGGAUGGGCCGGCACUACAGCGAGAGAGACUUUGAGAACCACCGCCACACGUUCCACCACACGCACCACCCGCUGUCCACCCACCUGCCCCUCCCCCAGCGGCUGCGCAAGCGGCCCCACGGCGGAGAGCGCCGCCGCAAGAAGCGGCGGCGGAAGAAGAAGACGUCCAUGGCGCCCUCCGAGGUCACGCCCACCAUCCACGAGGUAGACGAGGAGGAGGCGGAGCUAGAGGGCGAGGAGGCGGAGUCUGAAGCCGACGGCCGCUCCUUGUCGGAGGCCACGCCUACCCACCUGCCCGCCGACCAACCACAGUUUAGCUCGGGGAACCAAGAGCAGCCCGGGCGCCUCCCACCUGUAAGCUCCUUCCACGUGGAGACUGAGACGGUAGCCGCGGCGUCGCAGGGGCCCAUGGGGCCCGCUGGCCAGAAGGGGCGCCCUGCCCAGGGCGGGCGUCAGGCAGUGGGACGGACGGCCUCCGGACCCCUGGCGAUGGAGGAGGAGGAAGAGGAGGAGGAGGAGGAGGGGGAUACAAGUCGCAGCACCCUGCCGUCCCCCGACCACGUGUCCCUCCCGACGUCUCGGGGCUGGUUCCGGAGGCGCUCCCCCCAUCGCCGCCCCCCCGGGGCCCAGCGGAGCAGCUACGACCUCCGGGAGAGGGUGUACAUCGGCAGCCUCAUGCCCCUGGAGAUGGCCGUCUACCAGCAGGUGCCCACCGACGAGGCCGAGGCCCAGAUGCUGGCCAGCUCCGACCUGGACGACAUGAAGAGUCACAGAUUCGAGGACAACCCCGGCGUGAGAAGACACCUGGUGAAGAAGUCGUCGCGAUGCCAGCUGUCCCGGGCCAACAGCUCCGGCCCGCUGUCCAGCCUCAAGAAGAAGAAGAGGGCGGCGGACAAGAAGACCCACGAGGUGUUUGUGGAGCUGAACGAGCUGAUCGUGGAGAAGGACCACGAGAUGCGCUGGAAGGAGCGCGCCCGCUGGAUCAAGUUUGAGGAGGACGUGGAGGAGGAGACGGAGCGCUGGGGGAAGCCCCAUGUGGCCUCGCUCUCCUUCCGCAGCCUGCUGGAGCUCCGGCGCACCAUCACCCACGGAGCCAUCCUGCUGGACCUGGAGCAGAACACCCUGCCAGGCAUCGCCCACCUGGUGGUGGAGACCAUGGUGAUGUCGGACCAGAUCCGGGCUGAGGAUCGUUCGGGGGUCCUGAGGGCUCUGCUGCUCAAGCACAGCCACCCGAGUGACAUGAAGCACCGCUUCCACCGCCUGCAGUCCACCAGCAGCCUCCAGGGCAGCUUCAACCACCAACCCAACCACCUGCACCCCACGCCCCCACCCGACACCAACCUGCCACCGCUGGCCGAGGACGGCGAGGAGCACCCAGACAAGGGGCCUGUGUACGACCCCAAGCAGGAGGUCUUCGUCAGCCUGUUUAAAUCGCUCCACCCGCUGCCCCCUGAGGGCCACCCUGCUGCGGCCCGCUCCAUGAAGCUCCUCGCUAAGAUCCCUAAAGAUGCAGAGGCCGUCAUCGUUCUCUGUGGUUGCGUGGAGUUUCUGGAGCAGCCAGCAAUGGCGUUCGUCAGGCUGAACGAGGCGGUGCUGCUGGAGUCGGUGCUGGAAGUCCCAGUCCCCGUACGGUUCCUCUUCGUCCUGCUGGGCCCAAGCCAGAAUAACAUGGACUACCAUGAGAUCGGGCGCUCCUUUUCCACACUCAUGUCUGACCAGAACUUCCACGAGGUGGCCUACUUUGCCGACGACCGGCAGGAUCUUCUGAACGGGAUUAACGAGUUCCUGGACUGCAGCAUUGUGCUCCCGCCGUCAGACGUGGCGGGGAAAGACCUCCUGAAGACGGUCGCCGGCUUCCAGAAGGAGAUGAUGCGCAAGAGGAAGGAGCGGGUGCUGAAGAAGCAGCAGUCCUUCUGCCUGGGACCAGAGCAGGUCCACAAAGAAGCAACUCAGGAGGACCAGGAGGAGGCGGACCAGGAGGUGGACCCCCUGAAGCGCUCGGGGGUCCCGUUCGGCGGGCUGAUCCACGACGUCCGGCGGCGCUACCCGCGCUAUGUCAGCGACCUCCGCGACGCGCUGGACAUCCAGUGUGUGGCCGCCGUCAUCUUCAUCUACUUCGCCGCGCUGUCACCCACCAUUACCUUCGGAGGGCUGCUCGGAGAGAAAACGGAGGGCAUGAUGGGAGUGUCGGAGCUCAUCGUUUCCACGGCAACCCUGGGCGUUGUCUUCUCCCUGCUGGGGGGUCAGCCACUGCUCAUCAUCGGCUUCUCUGGCCCCCUGUUGGUGUUUGAAGAAGCCUUUUAUAAGUUCUGCCAGGCCCAUGACUUUGAGUACCUGACGGGCCGGGUGUGGAUCGGCUUCUGGCUGGUGUUCAUCGUGCUGGUCAUGGUGGCGGCUGAAGGCAGCUUCCUGGUGCGCUACAUCUCGCCCUUCACCCAGGAGAUCUUCGCCUUCCUCAUCUCCCUCAUCUUCAUCUACGAGACCUUCUCCAAGCUCAUCAAGGUGUUCCAGGAGCACCCCUUGAUGGAGACCUAUCCUGCCUCCCACUCCCAUACUGGCCCUUGGAUCGGCAUCAAAGUGGGCCACCCUUCAGAGGGUCACGAGGACGAGGCCAUGGUCCUGAACCAGCCCAACACGGCCCUGCUGUCCCUGGUCCUCAUGAUGGGAACCUUCUUUGUCGCCUUCUUCCUGAGGAAGUUCCGCAACAGCCGCUUCCUGGGUGGGAAGGCCAGGAGGAUCAUCGGUGACUUUGGGAUCCCCAUCUCCAUUUUAUUAUCCGUUCUUUUGGAUUACUCCAUUUCCGACACAUACACACAGAAGCUCAACGUGCCAUCGGGGUUCUCGGUGACGUCCCCGGACAAGCGGGGCUGGUUCAUCAGUCCGUUCGGGGACAAGAAGCCCUUCCCCCCCUGGAUGAUGGCCGCCUCCAUCGUCCCCGCCCUGCUCGUCUUCAUCCUUAUUUUCAUGGAAACCCAGAUCACCUCGCUGAUAGUGAGCAAGAAGGAGCGGCGUCUUGUGAAGGGCUCUGGCUUCCACCUGGACCUGUUGCUCAUCGUGACACUGGGCGCCUUCUGCCCCCUGCUGGGCCUGCCCUGGCUCACCGCCGCCACCGUCCGCUCGGUCACGCACGUCAACGCCCUCACGGUCAUGAGCAAGGCCACGGCGCCCGGGGCCAAGCCCGUCAUCCAGGAGGUCAAAGAGCAGAGGGUGACCGGGCUGGUGGUGGCUGUGCUCGUCGGUAUGUCCAUUGUGAUGACCGACGUGCUGCGGCUGAUCCCAUUGGCCGUGCUGUUUGGGAUCUUUCUAUACAUGGGCGUGACCUCGCUGACGGGCAUCCAGCUGUACGAGCGCAUCACCCUGAUGGUGACGCCCGCCAAGCACCAUCCCGACCACCUCUACGUUACCAAGGUGAAGACGUGGCGUAUGAACAUGUUCACGCUCAUCCAGCUGGCGUGCAUCGUGAGCCUGUGGGUGGUGAAGUCCACGGAGGCGUCGCUGGCCUUCCCCUUCAUCCUGAUCAUGACCGUCCCGCUGCGCCGCCUCGUCCUCUCCAGGAUCUUCCAGGAGCGAGAGCUGCAGGCGCUGGACUGCGACGAGGACACCCCAAACUUUGACGAAGACGGACGGGACGAGUACAACGAGAUCCACAUGCUGGUCUGAGAUAUGGAUGCCCAGCCAGCCAGCAAGUCAGCUAGUCAGCCUGCCAGUCAGCCAGACAUCCUGCGGGACCAACCCUUGAAAAUCCCCUUCCAUGGACCCACUACAGAGUGAAACCAUCCAGAAUGCACCCCCUGUCCGGCCGUUCCCUCUACACCCAACUCCCUGUAGUACUUUACAUUUGAAAACAUUGUACCUAAGGUGGCGCUGGUGGUGGGGUUGUUGUUGGCGGUGGUGCCAUUGGUUGUGGUGGUGGUGUUGCCCUCUGUGAAGAUCUCCAAGUCUCCGGAGAAGCUUCAGACGUUUCUCCAGCUUGAAUGCGAGCGUGGACAGGGCAUAUGGUGUCACUUUAAAGUCAGUACCGUUCCUAUCCCCAUAACCCCUUCCUUCCUUCCCCCAUCUCCCUUUGAAUAUGAUGCAGGUUUCUGGGCUCAAAGUGCAAUGCAGACGACUUUGAGAUCGGAAGUUAAUUCAAUUGUUCAAACAAUUGGUGGAUCAUUGUAUCGUCUUUUUUAAAAUGUUGUUCAUGUUUUGUCUGAAUAUGUAAGCCAAGUGGAUGAAAGGCAAUAUAUGGCUACUAAGAUGAAGAUCACCAUUAUUCAAGUCCGAUCUUUCAUCCAAACAGGGAGUGAGUGGAGUUUACACUAAGUCCCACUGCCUAUGUUAAUUUAGUUACCAUGUCCCUUAAUGCUAGUUCAACUGCCUGUGUGCUUUGGUGCUGUACAAGCAAGUGAAGUGUCCCCUCCCAAUCUCCGUACUAGACAAAUCUGAGUCCUGAGCACAUUAUGAUGGUGUCCACCAUGGCAGUCGAAACCCCUGUGUGAGGACUCCCGUCAUAAAUAUGUCCCCCAUUUUAAAAAGUUAAAAACACCAUGGUUAGGGAUGUUCCCAACACAAUAGUGCACCACAUCCCCCCUCAACCCCUUGAUUCUACUGUAGGUGUACAUCAAAAUGAGCUGAAAUAUAGCCUCAAACCUUAUUUUUCUACUUAUGUGUACUUUAGUUUGAUGUGGUUAUUUUGUAAAUGUAGGUAGCUUAGUGUACCAAUGAAAAAUGUUGACGUUUAAUUUCUAGAGAAUCACUACGAAUACCUUGUGUAAAUGUGUAUAGGUGUGUGUGAGUGUGAGUGUGUGGGAGGGUGGGUGGGGCUAAUUUAGCUACAUCUGUCAGUGUCAUUCACACUUUCACCUUUUGUCCUGACUCCAAAAAGCGAAUUGCGUGAUUCUCGUUAUUUCUGGCUUCAAUAGGAACAGAAACACACACCCACACGAUCGGUGAGAACAUGACAAAAAGAACAGCCAAGACGGAAGAUUGUACAACAGGGUGAGUGGCAGUUUGGAAGAAUAAGGAUCAGCUCAAGUUGAAAGAACUCUCGGCUGUAUAAGUGUCAGUACUUGUUCGUACAAUGACUUCACGAACUAAUACAAUUUACAUGUUAUUAUUUACAUAAGUGUACUCUAUUGUGUUGCUAUUGUUUUUGAAGGAAUCGGUUCAGCGUGGUGUGUGUGUUUAGCUACACAAUCUACUAUUGUCUUGAGUCGUUAGUAGAAUAUACUAUUAUCAUAGUACUUUGAAACUAACUAGCAAAACUAACUUGACCUUUCGUUUACCCCUUUGUAAGCAGUCCGACCUCAACAGUUGGCUGGGAUUCACCAGUUGUUAUGUCAGGAGUUUGGCUGUUUGUUGCGUUGCUAUAGAAACUGUUUUCCUUUUGGAGGAUUGAAAGCCACGGGACAAGUUAGGAAGAGGAUGGGACUCACACCUUAAUAAAAACAAUCUUCUUUCUAAUAUUAAACUAACAUUUUGAAUGCAGACUGAAAGCACUGGCCUAGUGUAGUCUUUGUAUCUCAAUGAACCAGAUUACGGUUCAAGUUAUUGAUGGACACAUAUAUUUUGAACAUAGAGACAGGCAAUUUGGCAUGAACAAAAGAACAACAUUUGUCUAUCUUUUUCCUCUGAGAAGAUCCAUCUGGUUCUAUUUCUACAGUUGGUUUGUCUUAGAUACGGCCGUGCAAACAGACCGCGAGGAAAAACACUGCGAUGCAGAUUGAUCAAGUAGCAUGUGCAGCUGUCAGGUCACCAGUCCACUUCUUUUCAAGACUUUUAUUUUGAACGGUCUUCCAGCGCUCCAUAACCAAAGCUCCAUCAUUGUUUCUCCGCUCUAUCAGCAAAUAAUUCCACGUAGACAUUGCCAUUAAUUUUGCUAGUCCACACGUUGAGAGGUAUUGAAGGAGUGUGAGAGACCUAGGGAUUCAAAGCACAAGGGCUGGGUCGUUUAAAGUGCGUAUUUCGUUUGUUUCGUUGACGCCACCGGGAAGCCCAUGCUAUUUGGGUUUAGAUGGCUGUGCCCUAAAUUCAAAACAAUGCAGGAUUUCGGUCUUAGGGGAAUCUGACCUCCGAUCUGUAAACAUGUCUCUAUAAACUUGCGUUGUUUCUCUCUCUAUCCAUUUUGUGUAAAUAACGUGGGUACGGGAUUUCAGUGGUUGGACCAAUAGGAAACAGACAUAAAACACCCUUCCCUGUGGAGGGAAGAUAAUUAACAAUGGCAUUUGGUUAAUGUAAGAAAGACAACGAUAUUGUGUAUGAUACACUGAAAAAGCCUUGCUGUGCCAAGUAUUAUUGCAUAAAAAUGCACAUUGAGCCGAUACCAUUGUUCAAUUUCUACAAACUCACUUUAACUCAUCUAUGAGUUACUUACUUUAUUUGUUCGAUUUGACCCUAUCCUGUGUUUGUCCCAGUGUCUUUGGGGGGAUUUAGCCCAGCUGGGAUCGGGACGGGAUGGUCAGAUGGACAAUGGAUGGCAACGUUUGUUCUCACCACAUUCAUGUGAUAUUGAAUGUAGUGGUACGGAGGGUGUCAGGGUUGAUGCUCUGUUGUUUUUCAUUCUUGCCUCCCCCCCUGCCCUCAUAACAAGACAGGCCAAGUUUGUGCCAUGUAUUCGCCAACAAAAUUCCCCUUUCCCUACUUCUGCUCCAAUUCAAUACGGGUCAUUUUAGUCCACCGCUAAAUUCUGGCUGAACUCCUAACCGUCGUGGUGGGGGGGUGCUACAAUAACUGUCAACCCGUUUAUUGAUGUAUUUACUUAUUUAUUAAUUUAAUGCGCUGUUCUGCUCGCGCAGCAGAGUUCGGGAGGCCAGCCGUCCAAACCGCGCAAAGUUCUGAAGUUCCGUCUUUGUUGUGUGAGAACACAGAGUAAGUGUGCACGAGAGACGCCAGGCCCACGUGCACUUUGUUAUUUCAGGAAACUCUUUGGAAGUAGUGCUUCUACACCGGUGUAUAGUCUCAAUAUAGUGUGUGUGUGUGUGUGUGUGUGUGUGUGUGUGUGUGUGUGUGUGUGUGUGUGUGUGUGUGUGUGUGUGUGUGUGUGUGUGUGUGUGUGUGUGUGUGUGUGAGAAGCUAGGCGAAGAAUAUUGUUAGGGGUCGAAAGUAAAAUCAGUGUUUCAAAUCUUUGAGAGAGGGAGUUAGAGAAGGGGUGGGUGGGUGUGUGUGUGUGGGGGGGGGGGGAGGGACCGGAAAGGUGGUUAUUAUUAAAGAUAAUAAAAAGUUAGAGAGCAGCCACUCUGGUGGUUUCAAAUAGGAGAUGAAAAGGAAAAGUACAUUCAUUCCCUUCUUUCCUUUUUUUCUUUCUGUUUCAAAGUCCCACUACAUGAGUCGGUGUGAGUAGUGCAGGGCCGCUCGCUGCCUCAUACCACCAUGCUAGCCGGGUCAGACCACCCAGCCCAAAGAGCAGGACGCUUUAUUCCUGUUAUUCCUAGACCUCCGAUACCUCCACCUUAUUGGGGUGGAUGCCUGGCUUCGGGCCCACCCUGGAUUUCAACAAUUCGGAGCAAUCUGUAAUUACGUUUGAUCAUAUUUAAAAAAUAAUAUUAAGUAGACAAUCAGCUAUGUAUGCAAGUAGACUAGUUUAAUCAUGUGUGGUCACAACGUUAGCUUUUUAAUAGAAGUAAGCCGUGUUUAGUACUAGCUCGGCAGGACGAUAGAAUGUUCCGGAGUUUGAAUGCCGUAUUUUUGGAGAGUUUUGUAUAUGUUGAGCCAUUCAUGGCUGUCGAACACUUCAAGGGUUGAAAACACAUUUUACAUGUUUUUGAACUAGAGUACUCAAACACACUCAAUACAUAAGUGUAGUUUUUAACAUAUUUUGGAGGUAAAUUCCCUUAUUGUUGUUGAAUGAAUGCAUUCAGCGGGGGGUUUGUGAGCCAUGGCUAUGUUUAUCCCUUGCAUACUUUAACUGGCUGGUUGAAUAGUACCUUUUUCUUUUCAAAGGAACGAUGUCGUUUGGAAGCUUGAGAGUAUCAUUACGUUUUUUUAGGUAUAUGCAACUGCAUAGCUCAGAGGUAUGAACAAAAUCAUUCUCUUCAUGUUUGAUUCCAUGAUCCAUCACGAGAUAAUUUGGUAUUUGUUACAAUUGUUGUUGUCAGACCAUGUAUUUAACCACUCAAAUAGCAGGUUGUCAAAGCACUGUAAAAUGAAAGUAUUUUUUUCUUUCUUUCUGAAAUAAAUAUUUAUUAUGCGUUU